AUGCCCGAAGCGGAUAUGUACGACUCGGCGGAGAUUGAGCUGGACAAAUUUCCAUGUUCACCUCGGCGGAAAGGAACUAGAUGGCUGCGAUGCAGUGGAUUACACGUUUCGCAGGGUCGACCAUGGCGCGACACUUCGAAACGCCGACGAGCACGACCAUGGAGCUCCGUCUGGUGGACCGCACUGAUCUGCAUAGUAACCUUUGCAUCGCCGGCCGCUGCUGUUCUUCUGGAUUUUGAGAAUUGUCUAUCGAGAACGAUCCUCGAAUCCGACCCCCUACAAUUACAAUUCGUUCCUACCAACGUGUCCGUCGAAUUCAAUCUCACCAACCCCCUCCACCCACUCGCCGUCACAGUCUAUGGCAAUGUAUCAGGGACGGUUUCUCGAUCUGCAACGUAUCCCGCGCCGGAUUCCUUGGACUGGACAAACCCUAACUGGACGGAUGGGAAGAUCGAGGACGUGAGCAGCACAAACCCGAAAUAUAGCACGCUAUUCACAGAGUUUGACGUGCUCAGCUUCACGCCUUGGGACAACAUCUCUCGGUUUAGUGACUCGGUCACGCAAGGCGAGUUUCCUUUGGCCCCCGUCUUCAAUUAUAAUCUGAGUGACUUGCAAACCUUACGAGCAUUCUCUGUCCAACAUGAGAUGCUUUCAACCUAUCGCUUCGGGACCAUCGUACCGUUGUUCACGCUUCGCAGUGGAGAUGCAUCCGGUGCUGAUCUGGGCUGCAUCGCGGUUAAGGUCACGCCGGACUUUGGAACAUCUCUCAAAAAUGCUCUUGCUUAUGUCCCCCUGGUCAUCCUGAUACUUGUGGGAAUAGCGACCAUCACUGCUGCCAUGUAUAGUCCCUGGGGCACAACGGAUCUGUUUCAAUGGACAAGCAACUACGGCCGUGACGAGGAUAUCCUCCGAUUGGUCACUCCUGGGUUUGCGGACUGCCUGCAGUAUCUUCAAUUCGUGGUGUUGACUGGUGCUCUUUCGUUGGACUACCCGGGAUUUUUCCAGCCUGCCGUGAGUCACGCAGCCUGGUCGACUCUCAUGUUCAACCAGAGUUUCAUUGAACCCGGAGCUGGCCGCAACCCUGUGGUCGACGGUGUAUAUGCCAUCAAUGGAAAGUAUGGUCUCGACCGAUUGAAUCAAUUGGUUGGGAUGGCCUCGUCUCAGGAUAUCUGGCCUGGCAUGAUCAUAUGGGUACUGGUAAUUCUAGCCUGUGUAACAGUGCUAUUCCAGAUUGCCUUUGCACUUCGAUGGCUGCACCGCGAGUUGGCAAACAACACCGACCAGGAUCUGCGUGCGAGAAACAUGCCGUUCACAAUGGGUAACCUUAUCCGUAUCGUCUUCAAUUUCCUUCUCUUACCAAUUGUUUCCUUUUCCUUCUUCCAACUCGUCCUUGCUCGUCAAUCAGCCGCGUACUGCGUUGCAUUGGCAGCUGUGGUACUUGUUAUCCUCGCGUGUUUCGCCAUCUGGGUUAUCCGAGUGAUUCUUUCCACUCGACCCAAAUCCCACCUCUUCGAUGACCUGCCCACAGUAUUGCUGUAUGGUCCGCUCUACAACACAUACUGCGACGAUGCGGCGGCUUUUGGUAUCGUUCCUAUCAUUUUGAACAUCGCUCGCGGAAUAGCUAUUGGUGCUUUGCAGCCGUCUGGUAUUGCCCAGGUGGUGAUGCUGGCCAUUUGCGAAGUCGUCUCCAUACUCACUCUCUUGGCUUUCCGACCUUUCCCAGGACCAACCCACAUGAACCUGUACCACUGCCUAUUUUCAAUUGUGCGUUUCUUGACAGUAAUCUUGAGUGUCGUUUUUGUUCCAUCAUUGACAGUAUCGGAUGCGGCACGAGGGUGGAUCGGGUACUUGAUCCUCGUGUUACAUGCCAUGGUUCUCAUCUUCGGGUUCUUCCUUAAUUCGAUUCAAACGUUAAUUGAGGUUCUGGCAAGACUGGCUGGUGCGGGCGGUGCUACUCGCGGUGGCCUGACCAAGGUGUUUGGUAUGCGUCAACUUUCCAAACGAUCUCCUCGACGCGACAUUGCUCGUCAGAGCAUGGGCUCUGAGGCUGCUAUGCUUGGUCAUGGUGACGACCGUAUGUCUUCGCAAUUUGAUGGAUCGCGUCCGCGUAGUCUUUCCGGAAGCUCCGCCCUGCUUUUGAACCGCGCUACAGCGAGUGAUGGUAGAGCCAGCGCUGGAUAUGAUUAUGCCAGUUCGCAAGGCGGCACGCACAGUCGCGCCCCCAGUGGAGGAUUCCCAACACCAACCUCGACAGCCUACCCAGGACCUGGCUUCCCUAGCUCACCUACUAGCGGUACGAUGAUGGGCAUGCACCCUCGGGAUCCAUAUUACCGACCACCUCGUCCUGGGCGCAGAACACCUCAGGGCAGCUUCUCACUCGAGAAGGGGAAGAGUCCAUCGAGGAGCUUCCUUAAAUCUAAAUCCAGCCGGCGAGCAGUUAAUACCGAGGAUGAAUUUGGAGAUGGGAUAUCCGGCCGGGCGACGCCUGUCCCGGCAUAUCUCGCUGCACCCAAGGACGACAUGGAACUCGAUACUCCACGGCAGCCAAAAGACUACGCCGUUCGCGAGGUUGAUUUCUACUACGGUGUUCGCGGUCCGCCGCUUUCUCACAGCGGCACCCGAAAAUUGAAAACCGGUCCGGCUGACCCAACAGGCCCAGUCUCGUCUGCCACUGGCUGGUUCCGAAGCCUGCUCCAAGGGAAAACUAAGGACAAAGCCAAAGGAUUUGAGGUGGUCCGAAGCGCUCGUGCACCUCCACCAGGUCUAUUCCCACGAGGAACUGAAUACAAUGAACAAUAUCAGGAUGAUGCAAGCACGCCCUCCCCUAGCCACUCUCGCAAUGUCUCUGCUGGCAAUGUACCUUAUCAAGAUACGGAUGGGGACAAUGAUACCAGGCAGUCAGGUGAGACACAUCACCCAGUACUGCCCCCGCUCAAUACAUCGGUUGGAGGUGGCAUCGAGCUACCUAGUCGAAUAGGUUCUCGCCAAACGCAGGCGGCCGGUGAACAAGACACGAGUGGAAAUGCAGCCGACCUCCCAAUUGUGACCGAGACUCUGUCGCGCGACUCUGAGGCAGGCCAUCACUCUUCUCUUUCCGAGCAUCACCUUCAGGCGGAUGGUCUCGCUGCUCGCUUACCUUUCAGCGGCAGUAGCUCACCAUCUCGCGAUCGAGGUCUCUCUAUGACGUCAACUUCAAGGUCAAGGUCGAAUGCCUCGAGCCAGCAGAUGGGUCCUCGGUCAGAACGACCCUCGAGCAUGGGUUACGUGCCGCAAGGUCGUGCACACGAACAAAUCCACGAAGCGAGCCCAGACGAGCCAACAUUUGCUGGUAGCUCAGCAGAACUUGUCGACGAACGUUCACAUGGCGAGCACCAACGUUAG